AUGAGUGUUUUUAUAACUAAAGAAAACCCACUUUCUGGUCCAUUUCCUUGGGUGCCUUUUCUAGGAAAUAUACUGGAAUUGUUUAAAUAUCGAUUAAACCUUAUAGAAUACAUAGCAGCGGUUCAAUUAAAAUAUGGUGAUUUCUGUGAAAUUCACUUUGGUCCUAAACGAAUUAUUGUUAUCUCGAGCAGUGAUGUAGCUUAUCCAAUUCAUACACCCUCGGUAGCUCUGAAUCAUAAAUUCCUUUAUCGUGAUUCCCCAAAUCCUGGGUUAAACGAAGUUGGUUAUGAACAAACUGGAAUAAUUGCUAAUAGAAAUUUAGAUGAAUGGAAAAUUAAUCGCAAGUUCUUCGAAAAAACAAUGAUGUCAAAAAGAUUUUUAAGAAAACUUACAGGAAAAGCUCAUGAAAUAGCUUUAGAUAUGUUUAAAUUAUGGGAUAUUUUAAUAAAUAAACAAGAUGAAAUUGACCUUGCGGAAUGGUUAGCAAGAUUUGCUGGGGAUAUAGCUGUUUCCGCAGCAACUGGAAUUCCGGCUUAUACGACACUUUCUUAUUUUAAUUCGCUUGGAUAUGGAUAUAAUCACGAUCAUAUUCCAGCUUCAAAAUGGGAACGCUCUUCAAAAGUGGUUUCUCAUAUUAAUUCAAUUUUUAGUGUAGGAAUAUGGUUUCUUUCAGUCCCACCUUUUGUAAGGCAUGCUCCUGGCAUGAAUUAUAUAAAUAACAAGUUCUUAAAAUAUGCAAAUGAUCUAGAGGUCACUAUAAAUGAGAUAAUUCAAGAAAGACACGCAGAAAUUGAUUCUUUACCCAAAGAUGCUUUAUUACCAUCUGACUUUUUGACAUUACUCCUUACCGCAAAUACACCUCGUGAUCAAGAAAAUGCUUUAUAUCAAUCAUUAGGCCGAUCUUUGAAAGAUCGUGAAAUUUUUGGUAUUAUUAAAGAUAUUUUCACGGGUUCUUUUGAAACGACUGCAACUACAAUGAGUUCAGUAAUGUACUUUGUAUGUAGAUAUCCUUCUGUGAAAUCCAAAGUACUUUCUGAAAUAAAUUCAAUAUUCGGACAUUCAACAACACUUUCAAAUUUCCAUUACGAUGAUAUGGAAAAACUUCAAUACUGCGACGCCUUAAUUAAAGAAGUACUUCGUAUAAGCCCAACAUUUCCAGUAUUACCACGAUCAAAUUCUGAACCUGUAGAAGUUGGUGGAUAUUUAUGGAAAAAGGAUCAAUCAUUCUUAAUAAAUUAUCAAGGAAUUAAUAUGAAUGAAAAUGAUUGGAUUGAUGGAAAAAUUUUUGAUCCUGACAGAUUUUUAAAGAAUGAAGGUAGUAAGAGAUCAAUGAACGCUAAAGUGGCUAUUUCUAAAGGAGCAUUCUCAUCAUUUGGUGGAGGUGCUAAGUCUUGUCCGGGAAAACUUUGGGCGAUAACCGAAAUUAAAGUACUUUUAGUAGCAAUUUUAAUGAGAUAUGACUUAGAAUUUGUGAAAAAAGAUCAAGGAUUGGACUUAUUUUAUGAUUCUUCAUAUCAUUGGCGAGAACUUAAA